UGGCACAACCUGUGUAGUAGAAGAGUCACACACAGACCUGGUGGUGAUAGGUGGUUGCAGAUGAUGGGGCACAGUCUCUGGAUCACACUGCAGCUCUGUCUCAGCAGAUGUAGGAUCUCUCAGAGCUGACCUCCUCUUCACAACUCUCUCUGGAGUCAUCUCCCCGGAUAUCCCAGCUGUCUCCUCCUGCUCCCUGAUCAGACCUGGAGACAUCAGAAGAGACCUGUGCAGGUUGAGCUCCUAGCAGCUCUGCAGUCACAUAUAUCCUGGAUCCUUCACUCCAACUCUGCCAGUUCUGUGCAGACCCCCUGGGUGAGCCUUGUGCCUGUGCCUGUGCAGGGUUCUGCUACCAGUGCCUCUGAUGCCGGUGGAUGAUGAGGGCACUGCUGGAAGAGCUGGGGGUCCGGGCAUUGCUGUUCGGGGUCUUUGUGUUUACAGAGUUUUUGGAUCCUUUCCAGCGUGUUAUCCAACCAGAAGAGAUCUGGCUGUAUAAAAAUCCCCUGGUACAAUCAGACAACAUACCUACACGGCUGAUGUUUGCCAUUUCAUUCCUGACACCACUGGCUGUCAUUUUUGUGGUGAAAAUUAUCCAGCGAACGGACAGAACCGAGAUUAAAGAAGCUUGUUUGGCUGUCUCCCUGGCAUUGGCACUGAAUGGAGUUUGCACUAAUACUAUCAAACUCAUAGUGGGAAGGCCCCGUCCUGAUUUUUUUUAUCGGUGUUUUCCUGAUGGGGUAUCAAAUGAAGAAAUGCACUGCACUGGAGAUGCCAGCCUUGUGUCCGAGGGCAGAAAGAGUUUUCCCAGUAUCCACUCUUCCUUUGCAUUUUCUGGCCUUGGAUUCACCUCCUUCUACCUGGCAGGGAAAUUGCAUUGUUUUACAGAACUGGGACAAGGGAAAAGCUGGCGUCUCUGUGCAACAAUCCUGCCUCUGUAUUGUGCUAUGAUGAUCGCCCUUUCACGUUUGUGUGAUUACAAACAUCACUGGCAAGAUGCCUUCGUAGGUGGUGUGAUCGGUCUGAUUUUAGCUUAUAUCUGCUACCGACAACAUUACCCAGCACUGACACAUUCUUCCUGCCACCGACCCGCUGUAUGUCUCCAUCAGGUUACCACCCAAAAGAAAGAGGAACCAACACCUACUGAAAACAGUGAAAGCUUAAUGCAUGAAGGAAUGACAGAGGGUCCUGUAUGACCAGCAAAUGGUCCCUUAUGACUUGUAGCCACACACAGCCUCAUUUAAGAGGUUUCCUGCACUGUGUGUAUAGUACCAGACAUUGCAUCUAUGUGACCAGCAGUACAUCAGUGAAUGAAAUGACUAUGCCUAGACAGUGUCCCCCACAUUCAAGAGGUAUAACAUCAACUACAGGCAUCAACAUCUCCAUAAAUAUCUUUCCGACAGUUUUAUGAUGGUGCUGUGUGUUACAUUUUGGUGUCCACGUUCGUUCUUCUGUCUAUUGGCAUCUUCUAAUGCCCAACUCAUUAUAACAUCUCUUCUCAUUUUUGUAGUCUUGGUAGAAGAUCAAUCCACCAGCUUGUGAUUCAAGGUUCAUGUUUUCACACAGUGCAGGAAUCUUCACACCAACCACCGAAGCACUUAUACAGUCAAAAUACAUAAGAUGUCCUGUACCCCACUUGUCCUAGGAGGUGCUGGCAUUUCAGUAGCUUCAUUGUAUACGUCUGAUGUCUCUGUUGUGUUGCUGUGUAAGACCGUUUUUUCUAAAUUUCAUCAUUUACAUUCUGGUGUUUUGCACUGAUGAAAAAGAUGUGAUAGAUAUAUUUUAUUGUCCACGCAUGUAGUUUAUUAUGAUGUCCUGUGUAAUUUUGAGAUUGAUCAGAAGUUUUUGAUGCAUGUGAAGUGCUCUCGUCAUCGCUCCUAUCAUAUACUGUGUGUGCAAAAAUGUGUUGGUGAUCAUAACGUAUUCAAAAUGGAGAGGGGUCCUACUGCAUGAUACAUCCAGUCACAUACAUUAGUUGUUUCCUUGAUCAGAAUAAUUGACAUGUAUGUAUCAUACUAUAUGCCAGUUACAAGGAAUUUAUUUUUCAAUGGACUUCUAAUGUUAGCCAUGCUGAGAUACUUCCUCUUCUUGAAGGUUCCUUACACUGGAGAUUCUUCUUUUUUACUUCUAUUGUAUAAAACUCUAUAACUUGAUUUGCCUAAUGAAGGGUAAUACAGGUUUUCUACUUACUACCAAUACAAAAUUUGUAGAAUUUUUGUAGAAAA